UGUUUAUUGAAUCUUCUAAUACAUAUUUUCAUUUGACAUUGAUUCCUAAGCGUUGGUAUAAGGAUAAAUAUAUCAAUUUAAACGAUACUUAUUCUAAUGAGACAAUUACAAGUAAUGGCCAAAAUGAUCAAAAUGAUCUAUUGAAGCGUCAGCUUAAAGGAAGACCAUCAACAAAACAGUUGAAGCCAUCUGUUGAAAAAUCAGAUUCAAAAGGUAAAGGUAGAGGCGAACAAGCAAUAUCUGAUAGAUGUCAUAAGUGUGAUUUAUGUGAGAAAUAUAGUCAUUAUCAUAAUACUUAUUCUAAGGGUUAG